AUGCCUUCCACCAAAACGAACACUUACAACAGACGCGGUAGCAUGGACAACAAGUACACCACUACGACCUCUAACAAACAACAACUGCCUACGAGGAGAAACAACUGCAGAGACCAAAUGCGAGGUUCCAUUUCGAACACUGCCAACUCUUCGAAUGUAUCAGUGAUUGCCCGAGCUCUUGCAAUCAUACAUUCCCCUCAAGCUGAUUCCCCCAACAAGCCUCGUGUUACGAGGCGAAGAGGGUCCUUGAUCACCGGAAGACAAGCCAACGAGCUACUUCUAGACACCAGCGAUUGCCUAUCGGAGAUGAUGCAGAAGCGCAAGCAGACGGGCACUACAUUCAACGACGACUGCGACUCCGGUGACAGCGACAUUGAGUCAUAA